AUGCAUCUGGUCCAAAACCAGCCGCCGCCCGCAUCAGAUUCGGCCCCGCCCCGCCCUCCGCCGAUGUUUCCACGCCGCCCCGCCGCCGCCCCGUCCCUCCGACCCGCCCCGUGCGUCGCCGCCCCGUCCGACCCGCCCCUCAGCUCCGCCCCGCCCGGCUCUGUCCGCCACCGCCCCACAGCUCCGACCCACCCCGUGCGUCGCUGCCCCGUCCGCCCCGCCCGGCUCUGUCCGCCACCGCCCCGCCCGGCUCCGUCCGCCACCGCCCCGCAUCUCCGCCCCGCCCGGCUCCGUCGUCACCGCUCCGGCCGCACGCCACCGCUGCUCCACCGCUCUCACCGCUCUCCGAUGGGCAAGUCAGGCUUCUUCGGCGUGAGGCAGAAGCCCUCCGGUAACUGGGGAGUGGAGUUCUCCGAUGUCGGGAGGCGUUGGUGGACCGGCACGUACCCCUCCGCCCACGAGGCCGCGCGUGCCUACGAUGUGGCGAUGUGGCGUGCCGAGAGGCCUCGGGAGCACCUCAACUUCCCAGAGAUCGAGAGUCGGGUGGAAGCGGAGAUGCUUGUGCCGCAGGGCAUCAAGAUGAAGGAGAUCACGAUGAAGAAGAAGACGAUGAAGAAGUCGUCGGUUGUCGUCAAUGCCAGCGAGACCGACGAGGAGGCGAUGGCGAGGUUUGCUCGGGAGCAUCCGGAGUACGUCCAGGGCGAGCUGGAGCACUAUUGGAAGCGUGAGGCGGAGCAGAAGAAGGAGGACGAGGCCGGUCCCUCGACGGUGAUCCCCAUCGAGUCCUCUUCCGAGGAGGACUGGGCAGACUUCUCGAAGAAGGAGGAGGAGGAUGGGUGCGACGACCCGGAGAAGGAGGAGUUUUGGGAGCAGUUACGGAGCUCCAACGAUGAGUAG